GAGUUAAAGCCCCGGAGCGCCACUCGGACUUUGUAGAAGCUCGUUACAUAAUCUGCUUACCGACUCCUCUCGGAGUGAGGCUACGGAAACGCGGGCCUCGUACUAGAGCUCCGCCGUAUCCUCAAACUUUUUCUCCUGCCCCGGCGCCUGUCUCUCAGCCCCCUUCUCCUUCUCCCCCACCAUCCCCCGGGCAGGUGCCGCGCGCGCGCUAUGAGCGACAGUUGCGGUUACGCCGAGGCUCGGCGCGUUGCGAUUUUCGGCGGCACGCACGGCAACGAGAUGUCCGGCGUCGCGCUCGUGUCCGUGUGGACCAGAGACGACCGCGAGAUCCGGAGGAGCCGAGUGCGCACCGAGCCGUUCCUGUGCAACCCCAGAGCCGUGGAGAAGUGCGCCAGGUACAUCGACACCGAUCUGAACCGAGCCUUCACACCGGAAAACCUCAGCAUGCCCGGUGGAGAAGAGCUGCCAUAUGAAGUUCGGAGAGCCAAGGAAAUCAAUCAAAUAUUUGGGCCGAAAGGAAGUCCAGAUGCCUACGAUGUCAUCUUUGACCUUCAUAACACCACAUCCAACAUGGGCUCCACGCUUAUCUUGGAGAGCGCAACAGACCACUUCAACCUUCAGAUGGUGCAUUAUAUCAAAAAAGCAAUGGCUCCGGAGAGCUGUAUGGUGCUGCUGACCGAACACCCUCAACUCAAAUAUUCAACCACCCGCUCAGUGGCCAAGCAUCCUGUUGGUCUCGAAGUGGGUCCCCAGCCUCAAGGAGUUUUGCGUAGCAAUAUCUUCGAGUCCAUGCGGAGGAUAGUGAAACACGCUCUGGACUUCAUCGAGAUGUUUAAUGGCGGUGUGGAGUUUCCAGCAUGCCGUGUGGAAGUGUUCAGGGUGCAUGAGAGAGUGGAUUACCCAAGGGACACAAACGGGAACAUCAGCGCUAUGGUACAUCCACACUUACAGGAUUGUGACUGGGAGCCCCUGAACCCCGGUGACCCGAUGUUCCAAACAUUUGAUGGGUCUACCAUCGCGUACCAGGGAGCCGGUCCGGUAUAUCCGACGUUCAUUAACGAAGCCGCCUACUACGAGAAGCACCAGGCUUUCGUUACAACCUUCAGGGAAACACUAGCCGUUAGUGCGAUUCGAAAAAGCACCAAAUAACCAUCAUUAACCAGCACCAUUAGAACAAACAAAAAAGCUCUGACUAUAAAAAACUACAACCACUACUCUCAGAUCAUUUUUUUUUCACAGAAAUGUUUAUUGCUAAUAAUUCAAACUAAGGAUUUUAAAGAUAUUUUUAUAUUGGUUUUGUCAUAUCUAACUUUUUUAUAGACAAUAUUUUUUCGCGCAGUCGAAUCACACGUAUUUUAUAUCAUUAUAUUAUAUUAUACGUAUGUCCCUAGUCAGUUUUUAAACAUUACAAAACAAAAUGUUUGGAAUAUAUAAUAUAAAAAACGGAAUCUUUGCUUAGGGUGAAAAAUAAGUGGAUUCCGAUGCUUACAGGAUUCUAGUUCAUUUUCCCACAUCCACUUCCUGUAAAUACCAGAUUCGAAGGUGUGUAUCGCAUACAUCAGAAAUAUAACAUGAUGAGGUAUGCCGUUAGCACAAAGUUAGAGGCACACAAUUGUAUAGGAUGUGUUUGGAUGCGGUAACAUGAAAUUUCCCUUCACUUGAACUAUGGUGUACAUGGGUUGUAGUGAAAGAUCUUGAUUGGCUUGCUAUAGAGCUCUGACCUCAACCUUAUUGAACAUAUAAACUGGAACACCGAUUGCACCCCAGGCCUUCUCACAUCACCUACAUCAGUACAUGAUUUUGCUAACACCCUUGUAGAUGAAUGAGCAUGAAUCUCACACUCUAAAAUCAAGUGGAACAUCUUCCCAGAAGAAUAGAGGUUGUUAUAAGGACAAGGAGACUGAAUGUCAAAAAGGGAUGUUCGAGAAGCACAUACGAAUCUUAUUAUUAGAUGUCCGCAAACUUACGGCUAUACAGUGUCGCUAUUAAAACCUUUUUUUUUUAAAUUGAUGACAAAAAAAUCUUUGAAAAGAUUUUCCGUUCAGAGGCAUUUGAUUUCUAGCAAGAAGAAUAAACUAAAGAAGUUUUUCUUUGUUUUGUUCAUGUUAUUAACAGUUUUGAGCAUUUUUGGGGAAGGAAACUGUAAGUUCUAUUAUGACAGGUCAUGUGAACAUUUGGCCACAAGUGGAUCGUUUACCUUCGAUCGUUGUCAAGUGUCUGUUGGUGGAUUGUUGUUCAUGGUUUUGUGGUAUUUGCAGUUGGAGAAGGAAUUCUCUCGGUUGCUUGUUUAGGGUGAUUCCUUGACUAGGCAUUCUGCCUUAAAAAUGAAAAUAAUUCAGGAAUAAAAGAAUUACAUUUUGCUAGGGUUGGUGGGAUGAAAUACAUAAAUAUGCACUUUUUAUAUAUUACAUUUUUUUUAUUAAUCAUUUAUGUUAAUAAUUUUUGCCAUCUGUAUCAAGUCAAAGAACAGCCGAACCUUUCUGGGAUUUUUAGGAAAUUUCAUUGGCUUUUGAACUUCCUGAUGAACCUGGAACUUUUCUGUAUAAUUAUAUAUACAAUUCCGGAAUAUUCUAAAUCGUUCGUAGGUGAUUGUGGGAAUAUGGGCAACGGGCAAAAUGCUAAAAUAAUGCAGGAAAGUAUUUGCACACAAAUGGCAGCCCCUUGCUCAUGGAGUCAUUCUUCUGCUUAGUGAAUCAGUUCAGAAACGGAAGUCCCAGCUGUCUAGACGGUGUCAGAAGAUACAUUGACAUAUCUGCUGAUUCGUAUUUUCACUUCUUCUUAUCAGAUAUAGAGUGCUUUUUUUUUAUAUUUGCUCAGUAACCAGAUUCAGAAUGAUUUUGUCAUUAAUGUGCUUGUGAGGACUGUGGUAUUGGGUUUCUUCAGGCAGUACAGACAACAGAGACAUAAUUAUUCGUAAUACUGUCAUUUCUGUAAUAAUUUUACUUCAGCUUUUGCCAUGUAUUCGAGCACAUGGUGCUAAUUUUGUUCUAGCAAAGUGCCUCAAAGUCAUUGAAGGCAUGUAGGAAUGCAGACUUCAGGAAAACAUCCGUUCUGAACCACUGCAUUAUAUAUUAUGUAUUGACAUUUUGCUCUAUUUUUUUAACAGUUAGCUACAUUACCCAUAAUGCAGCUUAUUACUAGAAGGAUUCAGCCAUUUUUCUUUACCACAUACUACAGUUCAGUUUGCCAGUCUUGGACCAUUGUUUAUGCUAAUGUAAUGCUAAUCUCCUAGACAAUGAUGUGAAUAACCAAAAAAAGUACCUCAGAAUCAAAACUAUUUUAACAUAAAAUGAUGAUGAAUGGAUUAUUCCUUUGUUUUGUCACACCUCAAGUUAGAAAAUCAUAAAGAAAACGCACAAUAAUUGUACUCAGAUCAAUUGUAGUAAAAUGGGAAUGACCCGAAGAAAAGACAUCUCCAAAUCAUCGCCCAUUUCAAACUUUCCUUAAGGUUCAGAAGCCUUCAAGGAUGCAUGUUAUAAGCCUUACGGACGUGUCUGAUCGAUCCGUUAUGACUUUUGUGUAAUUAAAGCAGUAACGCACAUUCGAACGUUCAUAUUUGAACAACGAAAUCCUCACUGUCCCUAUGCAAACUAACAGUAGUGUAGCACGGAAAACGGAAGGCUCAUGGACAAUCGGUUUAACGCUGGCGAUUCUUUCAAUAUUAGAUUCUACUAUAGUGUAUAUUUUUAGUACGCUAAAUUAUGUACAAUUUAUUAUUUUUUUUAGAAAAUGUGAUCACCUUAAUUAUGUGGAAAUUGUUUGUAAUGAAAUUGCUGCGUCAACGGUUUUUUGUUUCCUUUUUGGUUUUUGGAUUGCACAUAUUUAACACAAAGAGAACUGAGAAUAAAAUUUCAUAUUUUAAACUAAAACAAAGUCUUGCAUUUUGAAUGUCAGAUAUUAUUUUUAAGGAAAGCUGGACAAGAUUUUAUAAUAAUAAUAAUGAGGUUGUAGCAUUGUGGUUAAGCCAUUGGACUUUAAAUCCAAAGGUCAUGAAUUCAAAUCCCAGCCACACAAGCUGCCAUUCCUGGGCCCCUGAGCAAGGCCCUUAACCCCAGUAGCUGCUCAGUUGUACAAAUGAGAUAAAUAUAAGUUUCUCUGGAUAAGGAAAAAUGCCAUAAAUGUAAAUUAUCAGUCAGUGCCACAGAGAUAUAAGACGUAUUGUACUGUUACAUUAGCAUAAACACUGCCAGAAAGAAAAUGAGUGUUUCAGUGGGUUUUUUAUUAUUAAUUUUAAUUUUUUAUUUGGAUUUGUCAAUAAAAAUUUCAUCAAACUUUCAACAAAAUUUGUAUUUCUAACUGGAGAUUCUGCCAACUUAUUAUUUACAUUAUGUAGGUUCAGUGGUGAAAGAAAUACCAAACCAACAUGGCUACCAUUCUAUACUUCAACUCCACGCAAUUCCAUCCGGACUGUGGAACCGACUCCAUCAUACAACAUUGACCUGAAGCAUGUGUUUAGACUCUGUAAGUGUAAUUUAGUGAGCCAACAGUCUACUGAAGUGUUAUUUGUGAUGGAAUGGCCUGUCCAGUCAUUGCAUCUAAAUCCUAUUGAACUGCUCAUGGAUGAACUGGAUUGCAAAAUCAGAAAGAAAUCUCUAGUGAAGAACAUUUUUGGCAAGAUUUUUGGUCAUUCAGCUGAAUGCUUGGUGAAAUGGAUGCCAAGAAUGUGUAAAACUGUUAUUCGUGCUUAUUCGGGAAAAUAAAGUUACUAGUUUGUUGCAUGUAAACAAAAGGAACAUGUUUUUCCAAACCGACCAGCACUGUAUACAUUCUUUUGAAUCAUGUUUUAUGAUGUAAGAAAUUCAGAUUACAUUCAGAAGCCCAUGUGAACAUGGAAUUUUCCUUGAAAAAAUAAAUAGCUAUAUAAUGUAUAUUGAAAAAAAGAAAUUACCCAAUUUGGGGAAAACAUUCAUUUUGCAAAUAUUUUCUAUAUCCUUCCAAAAUAAUCUUAACUAAAGAAAACAAAAAGAUUAAAUGCAGAACGGUUUCUUUUUCUCUUCUACAAAAACUCACAGGAUAUAAAAUGUUCCAGUGACAUCCUUCCAAAACAUGAGGAGCUCAAGGAGAAACUGUCGUGUACUGUAUGAACUAGUUUUUUUUUUUUUUUUACAUCAGAACACCACUAGAGGGCGACACUCACCUCAUCAAGAAUGUCUAGAAAUGUAAACAAUUUCAAACGAUGUCUUUACAUUUACAUUCAUUGGCAUUAAACUGAGAACACUGAUGCUGGACUGCUUUUACUGCCUGGCAUUAUGCUGAACAUUUUGUAUUAUCUCGAUAUAAUUUAUUCAGUUUAUUUGUAUAUAUCUGUAAAUUACCUGUAUUUACACUGUAUAUUGACUCGGGGACUGUUUUAUG